AAUUUUUUUAUAUAUAUAUAAAUACUUUUGUUGACUUUUUGUCAUUUCUUCAUACAACAUAAAACCAUAUAUUUUCAAGACCUUUUUCUUUAUCAUUUGUGUGUACGUCUAAUAUAAAAAUUAAAAUUUAAAUCAAAAUCGAACGACAGACAAUAUUGUGAAGUUAUUUUUUUUUAAAUUUAUAAUAAUGGAAUUCAUUAAUAGCGCAUUAGAUUUAGAUAUAGUUGCUUUUGAUGAAUCAGCUGAUGCUGAAAUCCAAGAUAAUUCUCUUUUUGCAUCAAGUAACAAUUCAUAUCAACAAAGUGGAAUGCUUAAUGGAAGUGCAUUCAAUCAUCACAUAUUUGGUGAAAUUUCAAGACCUAUUAACGAAGCAGUCAUCGAUUUAAGUUCAGAUGAAGAAUUUGAAGGAUUUGAAGCACUCCCAACGCAUCGUAAACGACAGCAUCAUUCAACUGAAAAUCUAAAUGGAAACAGCAAUAAAAGGAAACACAAGGAAAGCAUAAAGCUGUUUAAUGAUAGUCAAAAAAACAGAAAUCGUAAUGUUCCUUUGAAGAAGCGAGGUGCAAGUAAUCGUGAAGAAGAACUCAAUUUUCUCAAUUUGAUUGCAAGUGAAGAUUCGAAUCAUGGCCAAAACACAAAAGUUGGUAGUUCUAAAGAUUCAUUAACGACAUGUGAUAGUAGCAAUUCCUCGAACCAAAAAUUUUAUCACGAAUUAGAGCCAAAGGAACGAAGGACUUGUAGUAAUAAUGAUCAUAACAAAUCCAGCAAAAACACAGAAGCUAAUUCAAUUUGUAACUGCUUAGAGUGCUUUCCAAGCUUGGGCCCUGAUAUCGUUGGUAGUGCCAACAUUAAGUGCAAGAAAUUAGGAAAAGCAGAUUCGAGUAGUCCUUCUCUUAUUAGCAAUAGCUCAUUGAUAAUAAAAAAUAAUAAUCCUUCGACUUCUUCAUCACUCCGAACUGAUUUGUCUCUAAUUCCUGGGCCAAGUGGAAUUCAACAAACUGCAAAAAGUUCCGUAAAAAUAAAGGAGCAAAAAUUAUGUGACUCUGAUGAUGAUUACGACUCGGAUGAACAGCAAAUUCCACAGUCGGAAGGAGCAAAAACUGAUGAUUUAACAGCUCCUCACUUACAGCUUGAUUGGAGUGAUUCUUCUGAUGAAGACGAUGACGACGAUGUUAUUUUUGUCAAUGAUCGUUCUGAGCCAAUAGAUUUAACGGCCGAUUCUGAUAAUGAUUAUGCAAACAAAAAUCAAUCGUCUAUAGAUGCUUCGAAGAAAAGCAUCGACAUACGAUCGAUUGGUGAACAAAGCAUUGAAAAUCGGUCAAAUUCAAGUAUGAAUUAUCAUUCACUAUGGCCUCCACCAUCAGCUUUAUCAAUUUCUCCAAGAAAUUCAGUCGCUAAUCCUCAACGUCUUCCGAUAAUUUCUCCACAACCAAAUAAUAUUUUACCUCCAACUCCUCCUCCAAUUAUUCCACUACCAACUAUUUUGCCUAGCAAUACUUCAAGACAAAUAAACUUUCAGGAAGUAAUUACAGGAAAUGAUGUGAUGUUGUUUGAAGGAGCACAAAAUUUUUCAACACAUUUGUCAAGAACAAGAAUCACAUCCCCUGUUUCUAGUAAUGGGUCUCGACAAGAAAAUAUUUCAAAUCAAAUCAGAGAAUCAAAUCAGAAUAAUUAUAAUAAUGGCAACAACAAUUUAUCUUUAAAUAGUCACAACAUUUAUCAUCGUAGAAACUCUUACAAUCAUACAGCAAAUUUGCAUCAUAAUCCAUCGUCCUAUCGUAUCGAAGAUUUAACCUCACAGUCAAAUAAUGUGCCGCAAACUGCACAACAAAAUAAUCGAGGAGUCGGUCGAUGUCCUUUUUUGACCGAAGGACAUCACUAUAAUCGACCUUCUAGACGUUCGGCACGAGAAUUUUAUCCAAUGUCUAAUGGACGACCUUAUGCAGUUCACGAAGAUUUAUGGAGAAGACAGUAUCAAGAACAGGAAAUUCGCCGUCAUUAUUGGUCAACUGCUGGAUUUAAUGAAACUCCCGAAGUUCAAGUUCACAUGUUACAUAUGGAUCCGUCAUCAUCGAUUCCUCAUCGUCUAGUAAAUAAUAUGAAUGACAAUAAUUCUAACAAUAAUUCAACAAAUGACAUCCUUAAUCGAUAUCGAAUGCAACGCAGUUUUCACCGACGUUCAUGGCAUACACAUAAUGAAGGCGAUUUUCAUCACUUUCAUCAUCAACCACACAUACAUCAUCAUCACAUGCAUUAUUCAAUCCCACAAACAACCCCUCAUGUUCACUUAUCAAUUGGCCUGAGACAACCUGAACGAGUUAGCCAACCACUAAACUUAUUAACUCGAUUAAAUCGAUUUGUUAGAGUUAUCGAGGAGCGAGUUAGUCGAGGUGCAACACAGGAAACGAUUGAGAUAAACACACUGCCUCAUAAGUAUAAAAAACUUCGUCGUGGCAGUGAAACAGAUGAAGACAGUGAAAAAUGCACAAUUUGUUUGUCGCAAUUUGAAGUUGAUAACGACGUCAGACGUUUACCAUGUAUGCAUUUAUUUCAUCGUGAUUGUGUCGACCAAUGGCUUGUGACCAGUAAACAUUGUCCAAUUUGUCGUGUGGAUAUUGAAGCACAAAUUAAAUAUAGUGAUUUGGGAUGAAAAUUUGUGAUAUGAAAUGAAAAAAUAAAACUAACAACCAACAUAUAAAAAUAUAUAAAGCAAGAUCGAUUGUUCCUUAUUAAAUUGUUUAUUUAACUAGAAAAAAAUUACAAAAGUCCUCGUAUUAUUGAUCGAGGGACUUCAUCGCAUUUUUGACGCAGCGGAAGGAAAUAGCUCUAAAAGUUUACCUUAAGCAAAACGUCUUUGUUGGAUUUCAAAAUAUAUUAAACACCAUUAAACAUUAGGGAUGUAACGGUUUUUGAAAUUCAAAUUGUAUAACAGUUUUAUAUUUCUAUAUUUUCGUCAGAUAAUAUAAUUGCAAUUCUUUUUUAAAUUGAUUUUUACAAAAAAAAAACCUCGAUUUCGACAGGAUUUAUCAUUUAACCUUUAUUAAAAGAAAAUUUCAGUUUCAACAGUUUUUAAGAUUUAAAUGUUUUAAUGGUAGAAUAAAUUCAA